GUAGCGCGUUCCGUGUUGUGUGAGAUGUCCAGAUACGGACGGCACGGAGGAGAGGCUAAAGUUUAUGUGGGGAACCUUGGCACUGGUGCAGGUAAAGGUGAGCUUGAGCGGGCUUUCGGAUAUUACGGGCCGUUAAGAACUGUGUGGAUUGCUAGAAACCCUCCAGGCUUUGGGUUUGUGGAGUUUGAGGAUCCCAGAGACGCAGAGGAUGCCGUUCGGGGCCUCGAUGGCAAAGUGAUCUGUGGAACUCGUGUACGUGUGGAAUUAUCAACAGGAAUGCCGCGCCGCUCCCGCUACGAACGGCCGCUUGCCCGCCGCCCCUUUGAUCCUAAUGAUCGUUGCUAUGAGUGCGGUGAGAAGGGCCACUAUGCUUACGACUGUCAUCGCUACAGCCGCCGUAGACACAGCAGGUCUCGUUCUCACUCGCGCUCUCGUGGGAGGAGAUAUUCUCGUUCCUAUUCUCGGAGCAGAAGCAGGGGCAGGAGGUCGAGGUCAUACUCUCCUCGCCGCUCCAGAUCUGGGUCAAGAAGAUCUAGAUCUCGUGCUCCGAGAAGAUCCAGGUCUCGAUCAAGGUCCAGAUCUCGCUCUGACUCACAUGCAAAGAGCAGAUCGGGCUCUGCUGGGAGGUCCAGGUCUGAUUCUGCUCCCCGGAGCCGUUCCAAAUCUAAAGCUUCACCUCAAAAACAAAGUCGCACCUCCUCUCGAAGUCCCCGCAGAAGCCAGAGCCCAGAACGAGACGACUGAGCCUGUUGACUAGUUUGAUCGUCCUCUUUGUCUGUUUCAUUUUAAUGAUCACCUCAGUUUAAAAUUGAAUGUUUCUUUU